AUGAGUCUUCCGGCGACAGUGAACCGAAACAAGGUCCUCGGGGACUUCGAGUUGCCGCCUGCUCACCCUGCCAUCACCCAGACGGGACCGGACAAGUCACCCUUCGAAAAUGAGGGCUUUGUAGUGCAGGGCUCUGUAUCCUCGGGCGUCUUCGACUUGCAAGAGCGCGAGGACUAUUGCGCAAGGUAUAGGCUCAAGCCGUUCGACUCGGAACGCAUAGAGCGCCGCAAAACCUAUGACCUACUCCUCGUCAACACGGAGCUCGAGAUGCUCGAAAUACGCCUGGGAGAAAUGUAUCCCUAUGUCGACUACUUUGUCAUUCUCGAAGCAGACCGCUCCUUCUCCGGCAUCCCCAAGAAGCUCUACAUCGAGGAGAACUGGCAGCUCUUCUCCAAGUAUCACGAUAAGAUGAUCCGCCGGACCGUUGACUUCUCCAGCGUCAAGGAGGGCGACAACGCGUGGGUUCUCGAGAAACUCUCACGCAACGCCAUGGUGAACCAGGUGCUACCGUUCCUGACUGGGGACCAGGCCCCUCACGAAGACGACAUCCUUUUGGUGUCCGACGUCGACGAGAUCCCCAAGCCUCCCGUGCUUCAGGCCCUCCGUAACUGCGAGGUCCCGCCGCGCAUCACCAUCAACUCCGAGUUCUACUACUACUCGUUCCAGUGGCUCUCGAGGGAAGAGUGGAUGCACCCUCAGGCCACGAUCUGGAAGGGAAACGACACGGUCAAGCCGGAAGAAUUGAGACAUCACGCCGGCGAUUACCAUUUCAAGCGCGGCGCGUGGCAUUGCAGCUACUGCUUUAGCACGAUGGAGGAGACGGUGGGCAAGGUGAAGAGCUUUUCUCACCAAGAGUUUAACAAGCCCGAGUUCAAGGACCCUGCCAAGAUUCUUCAGAGGGUUCGAUUCGGCACUGACUUUUUUGAUCGCAAGACUUCAGUUUACGACUACGUCCGGAACAACCAAGAUAGACCCCUAAACGCCAACUACCUCGAUAUCCCCGAAGAUGGCAACGUUGACGACGUGUCAUUUGGUUAG